UCUGACCUCCAGAGAAAGGAACGCUGGUCCACUUAUUUUCUGUUUUCUCUAGGUGUAUUUUCUGCAAUCAUCGUACGCAGUUUAUCUUUGUCAUGAUAUAAACAGGUCCAAGCAUCCUUUAGACCUGCCUCUGACUUGUUUUGUGACGUACAGUCACAAGAUGAGAACUGUUGCUCAACAGAUGCUCCUGACCUGCAACAAACUUCUCUCUAGGAAAACACCAAAUGAUGUUAUUGAGGCCCAUCCAUCCAACAUUGAGACGGCAGCACAGAUGAACAACAUCCAACAUUUGCCCAGCCCUCCUCAUGCUCCCAGUGUGAGAGCGAGCGUUCGCCAUGUGGAGGCGGUGGUGAGGGCCCACCGUAGUGGUGGAUGGCUCCUGUCUGGCAUCAUCUGCAUCAACAUCCUGAUCCUGGGCUGCGCUCUAGUCAGCGGCAGUGCUUUCAACAUCGUGGCCAUUACUGCUGAGCACAGGCAAAUCUUCCUCAUCAUUCUCCUCCUCCUCACUAUGUUGUGGAUGCUGUUUUACGCAGUCUUCACCUCUCGAAAGGAUCAAGCAGUUUUGUUCAAGGAUAGCCACGCGGGGCCUGUGUGGCUCCGAGCUGGACUUCUGUUGUUUGGGUUUCUCAGUUUCCUCAUCGACAUCUUCAGGAUUGUCACUUAUGUGGGCUACCUUCACUGUGAUUCUGCUGUUAACCCUCGUAUUAUGGUUAAAGUUGCCUUCCCUGUCGUACAAGCUCUGUUUCUGUUUGUCCAGACAUACUUCCUGUGGAUUCAUGCAAAGGACUGUGUGGAGCUACACACAAAUUUAACGCAGUGUGGGCUUACUCUAACGCUUUCAACUAACCUGGUGGUGUGGAUGACAGCAGUUACUGAGGAAUCAGUUCACCAGACUAAGAUACCUGAUCUAAAUUUCACUGUCUCACAGAAGAUCUACAAAGCCAGCUAUGACAAGUGUACUUGCAGCCACUCGGUGUGUGACACCUUCAAAGAAGCCUCCUACUACCUGUACCCCUUCCACAUAGAAUACAGCCUCUUUGCUUCGGCUAUGACCUACGUCAUGUGGAAAAAUGUUGGUCGGGUUGUGGCCGAUCACAGCCACCACAGUGUUAAAUUCCGUCCAAAGGAUGUGUGUUUGGGACCUGUAACAGGAAUACUCCUGGUGGUGGCAGGAGUUGUAACAUUCAUAGUGUACGAGGUGGACAUACUAACGGAGGACAAGAAGAGAAACCAAGCUCUGCGGAUUCAUUUUAUUAUGAAUAUAGUGAUAGUGAGCCUGAUGUGCCUCUCCACUGUGAUUGGCUGUAUCAUCUACAGGCUGGACCACAGGGAACACGUAUCGGAGAAAAACCCCACUCGCAGCCUGGAUGUGGGGCUGCUGGUGGGAGCCUCACUGGGCCAGUUCAUCAUCAGCUAUUUCUCGAUUGUGGCUGUGGUGGCAACCGGAGCCAAAGGGUAUCUGAACGGCCUCAACCUAUCCUGGGCCGUGCUGAUGGUGCUCCAGCUCGGCCUGCAGAACUACUUCAUCAUCGAAGGCCUCCAUCGGGAGCCCUUCCACGUGAUGCAGGAAGCAGCUCUGCACACAAACGCUCACGCCUUCCAGGAACAUGACAUGAGCGUUGUCCCGAAGAGCCGUAAGUCCAGGUACUUCCUGACGUCAAGCUGUGAUAAGCCAUGUUGGAAAAGAAGAGUACUGAAGGAAGUCUGUGCCUUUUUGCUGCUUGGUAACAUUAUUCUGUGGAUCAUGCCUGCCUUCGGUGCUCGUCCCCAGUUUGAUCAUCCCAUCGAGAUACAAUUCUACACAUUCACAAUGUGGGCGACCAUUGUGAAUAUCGGACUUCCUUUUGGAAUCUUCUACCGCAUGCACUCUGUCGCCAGCCUCUUUGAGGUGUUCUUAUUCUGUUAAUUUUUGAGCAUGGAGUGAAUUUGAUGAUCUAUUUUAUUGUUUAAAUUGAACUUGUUAUAUUAAAACAUUUAAAUUCCUAUAUAUUUA